AUGUUUGGCGCAACCAAGGACUUUCUGGGAAAACCAGCUCCACCAGGAUACAUUGCCGGUCUUGGCAGAGGUGCUACUGGAUUCACCACUCGGUCUGAUAUCGGACCUGCUCGCGAGGGACCCACUGAAGCUGAUAUCGCUAAACUUCAGGAGCAGGCAAGGAGGAAAGCUGCGGAGGAUGGAGACGAUGACGAGCGCUUUCAGGAUCCUGACAACGAGACGGGACUGUUCAACACUGCACCUUACGAGGCUGAUGAUGAGGAAGCAGAUCGAAUUUACGAUGCCGUUGACGCCAGACAGGACGAGCGGCGGAAAGCCAGAAGAGAGGCGCGAGAAAAGGAGGAAGCGGAGAGGAUAAACAAGGAGCGACCCAGGAUUCAGGAUCAGUUUGCGGACUUGAAGCGUGGACUGAACACCGUUUCGAUGGAAGAGUGGGAGAACCUGCCCGAUGUUGGAAACAUUGCAGGAAAGAACCGCAAGAAGGCCAAUUUGAGAGACAAGUUCGCACCUGUGCCAGAUUCGUUGCUCCCCAGGGCCCAGGAAGAAAUGGCUACCAGCCUGGACGCACAGCCCAAUGGACUUGCAACACCUGCACCGUCGAUGACGAACUUUAGGGAGAUUGGAGAAGCAAACAAAUCAGUUCUUGGAUUGCGAUUGGAUCGAAUGGCUGACUCUGCUUCGGGACAGACAACUAUUGACCCCAAAGGAUAUCUGACUGGACUCAACAGCGUUGUGGUGAAGAGUGAGGCUGAGAUUGGAGAUUUGAAGCGUGCUCGUCUGUUGUUAAAGUCCGUCAUCACAACCAACCCUAAACACGCGCCCGGAUGGAUCGCCGCAGCGCGUCUGGAGGAGCACGCUGGAAAACUCACGGACGCACGCCAGAUUAUCGACAAGGGCUGUCAGGAAUGUCCCAAGGCCGAGGAUAUCUGGCUCGAGGCCGCACGACUGAACAACACCGACAACGCCAAAAAGAUUCUCGCCAACGCCGUUAAACAGGUCCCUCAGUCAGUCAAGAUCUGGGUCCAAGCAGCACAGCUCGAAACUGUCCCUAAAGCCAAAAAGACUGUUAUCCGACGCGCUCUGGACUAUGUUCCCAACUCGAUCAAGCUCUGGAAGACCGCCAUUGAACUUGAAGACGACCCCAACAAUGCUCGCAUUUUGCUUGCACGCGCCGUCGAGUUGGUACCGCUUUCAGUGGAGCUCUGGAUCGCCCUCGCCAGACUGGAAACCUACCAAAAUGCGCAAAAGGUGCUGAACAAAGCUCGUGAGCACAUCCCGACGUCACACGAGAUCUGGAUUGCUGCGUUCUGUCUGCAGGAAGCCAACGGGAAGCCUGUGGAGCGCCUUGUGGUCGGAGCGGUCAAGACAUUGUCUAUGAAAGAGUCGGCACUGAGCCGCGAUCAAUGGUUGGAGGAGGCGGAGAAGUGCGAGAAGAACGGAUUCAUCAACACUUGCCAGGCUAUUGUCGGAGCUACGAUCUCUAUGGGUAUUGAGGAGGCUGAUUUGAAGUCAACAUGGAUGGAUGACGCUGAUGGUGCUAUUGGUCGCCAGUCCUUUGGAACCGCCCGCGCUAUUUAUGCACACGCGCUCAAAACCUUCCCAGCUAAAAAGUCAAUCUGGAGGCGAGCAGCACUUCUGGAGAAGGCGCAUGGUACUCGCGAGUCACUAGAGGAGCUCCUUGUCCGCGCCGUCAAAUUCUGUCCUCACGCCGAGUUCUUGUGGCUAAUGGGUGCCAAGGAGAAGUGGAUCGGAGGAGAUGUUCCUGGAGCUCGUGUUGUGCUGGGUGCGGCCUUUGAAGCAAACCCCAACAGCGAAGCGAUCUGGCUGGCUGCUGUCAAGCUGGAGGCCGAGAACGGCGAGCAUGGACGUGCAGAGAAAUUGUUGUCCCAGGCCCGAGAGAAGGCAGAUACCAUGAAGGUGUGGAUGAAGUCAGCAGUGCUUGAGCGUCAGUUGGGUAAGAUUCCGGAAGCAUUACAGUUGCUGGACCAAGGUUUGGCCAAAUACCCCACUGCUGAUAAGCUGUGGAUGAUCCGCGGCCAAAUUUUGACAGACCGAGGCGACAAUCAGAAGGCGAGAGAGAACUAUAUCAAGGCGGUCAAGUUUUGUCCCAAGUCCGUACCGCUGUGGAUCCUGUAUUCGAGACUGGAGGAGAGGGCUGGACUGCAGACGAAAGCAAGAGCAAUGCUUGAUAGGGCGCGUCUGCUCAACCCCAAGACACCUGAAUUAUGGCUGGAGUCUGUCAGGAUCGAGUUGCGGGGAAACAAUGCCAACUUUGCCAAAACACAGAUGGCCAAGGCACUGCAGGAGUGUCCUUCCUCAGGUCUGCUUUGGUCCGAAUCGGUCUGGUUAGAGACGAGGGCACAGCGCAAGGGCAAGAUCGUCGAUGCCCUUAAGAAGUCAGAAAACUCGGUACAUGUCAUCGUCACGGCAGCACGUCUGUUCUGGUCCGACCGUCAGGUCGAGAAGGCACGGUCAUGGUUCCUGAAGGCAGAAAAGUCAGAUUCAGACCAUGGGGAUGCGUGGGCAUGGCACUACAAGUUUGAGGUCGAGCACGGCGACGAGGCAAGGAAGAAGGACCUGGCGAUGAGGUGCAAGGCGGCUGAGCCACGGCAUGGCGAGUACUGGCAGGCGGUGGCCAAGGACCAAAAGACCGCCGGAAAGCCACUAGAUGAGAUUCUUAUUCUGGUCGCAGCGUCCCUGCCGUCGAAUGUCGUCGCAUAG